AUGCAAGAUAUUAAUAAUAAUAAUUACAACGUCUACCACGUCAAAAUGAUGAAAAUUGUUGCCAUCCUAUUGAUCGGCGCCGUCGCCGUAAUGAACGCCAAACCCACUGAAGUGCCGGACGAGCGAUGCGGCGGUGGUUUUGGUUUCGGCGGUUUUCCCGGUUUUGGGGGAUUCCCGGGACAGUUUGGUUUCCCCGGUCAGUUUCCCGGACAGUUCCCAGGACAAUUCCCCGGACAAUUUCCCGGUCAAUUCCCGGGCCAACUCCCGGCACAACAAUUGCCCGGACAGGUACCCGCUGUCCAACAACCAGCAGCUCAACAGCCCAUCGCUCAACAGCCUAUUGCUCAGCAGCCAAUUGCUGCUCAACCAGCCAAUCCAGCUAUUCAACCCGUUCAGGUGUUAAGCUACAAAUUAAUACCCGAAAUGUUAACCAAAACAUGGGCCAAACCCAACCCAAACCAUUCGGUCGUGUUUAACAAGCUGCAUAUAACCGUAAUGAACGCCAAACCCACUGAAGUGCCGGACGAGCGAUGCGGCGGUGGUUUUGGUUUCGGCGGGUUUCCCGGUUUUGGCGGUGGAUUCCCGGGACAAUUUGGUUUCCCCGGUCAGUUUCCCGGACAAUUCCAAGGUCAAUUUCCAGGUCAAUUUCCAGGCCAAUUCCCUGGACAACAAUUUCCCGGUCAAUUCCCGGUUCAACAAUUCCCGGGCCAAUUCCCAGUACAGCAAUUUCCCGUUGCUCAACAACCCAUUGUCCAACAACCGGCAGCCCAACAGCCCAUCGCUCAGCAGCCUAUCGCUCAGCAACCCAUUGCUGCUCAACCCGCUAUUCAACCAGUCCAGGUGAAAUGCUGUGAUUAUUGUCCGGAUGAACUCUUUAAUUACACAAUGGUAGAUGAAAACGGUGAACAUUACAUAGAGACGAGUACAUUCAUCAGGGGUAUUUUACUGGACAACCCGGCAUUACUCGAUAAGCUAUCAUUAAAUAGGGUGGACCCGGACGGGGACGGGAGGAUAUAUAAGCAGGAGAUGUUGACUUGGAUUGAGACGAUCGAUGUUAACCCGGAAAACGUUGAUGGGCUCGAACAGGUGUUUGGUAUAGACUCCGAGGAGAAUACGUUUAGUGCUGGCAAUCCUACCGCAUACCAACAUGCAGGCACCGAUAACCUAGACCAGGAUUUAGAUCUAGAUGGUUGGGUAGACAAUGUCGGGGCGUUAGGCGCGUGGUUAGACAGUGACAGUGUAAACACAACAAUUGCCAAUUACUGGGAUAAGUUGGUCACUUUAGGCCACAAUGACUGGGAUGAAUUCACUGCGAGUGUAACCAUGAUCGUUUCAGAUAUUUUUUCCAAUGAUCCGGAUAUGAUAGAAAUUGCUUAUAACGUGAUGUUCGACCAGAACGAUAAUGAUAGGGUAACCAGCGAUGAGUUUGAACAAUCGAUGAGGUAUUGGAUUGGCCACUAUAUAGUGGACGAGCAUUUGGCCGACACUAUAGAUGAUAUGGACGAUGACGGUGACGGCAUCAUUGAUAUCACCGAGUUUAUAGAAGUGGCAAAUGACUAUGUGACCAAUUGGAGCAUGAAACAAUUUUUGAGCGAUAUGUUUCAACUAGCCGAUUACGAUGGUGACGGCGUUAUCACCAAACUCGACUUGGCCUCUAUUGCUAAAAUUAACCAAGACACUUGGUCAUUCUAUAAUUAUAAUGUGCAGCGUUUUAAACAGAUGGAUAUGAAUGGAGACGGAAAAGUUGACCCCGAUGGUGAUGGCCAGGCUGACUUAAUUGAUGUACUAACAGCUUUGCAUAAUGAUGGUCAAAUCAGUCAUAUUGAGCUAGACAAAUUUUUUGCAAAACAUAAACAUCGUGAUGCUAUUCAAUGGUUUGAUGCGAUACUUAGAUUGUCGGAUAAUAAUGGUGAUGGCUACUUGGAUCAUGAUGACCAUAAGGGUUUAUUCAAACUGUACGACAAAAAUGGCGACCAAAUGCUUGACUCGGAUGAGUUUAGUCAAGCCGUACGACUGGCCAUAGACUCGGCCACCGAUUGGGACAUUAGGACAAUGAUAGGGUUGGCCGAUACCGACGGCGACCGGCGACUCAAUAGCAAGGAGUAUGUAAAGUGGAUGUCAACAAAGAGAGAUCCGAGUAGUAACAAUUUAUCCGGGUCACUUCAAGAGCUUAUGGACUUUAUAAAUGAUCAAGAUGCCCUUAGAAGGUUGUUCUUUUCAAUUGUACCUCCUCCAUCUGAAUGGAUGAAGGUAGCGCACGAUUUUGGCCUACGUUUAAACAAGAUUGGUGGCGAUUUAAAGUCAAUCGUGGCACGUUAUCACCCAGCUUUAAUUCAACCCAGCACAACUGUGCCUGAUAAUAUAAUCAUCGCGGCAAUUAUCCAACUAGUUUGGGAUACAAUUGAUCAUAGUGGUAACAUUACUCAACUCGUUGUGAGCAAGCUCGAUUCGGACCAAGAUACUAACAUAACCACUAUAGAAGUUGAACAGUACGCUCGAACGCUAUUUGGCCAGUAUUUUGUCCAAAAGUUUCUAGUUAACACGAUUGCGGCACUAGAUGUUAACAGUGAUGGCAGUAUAGAUAAAACCGAGUUUAUUAAAAUGAUCAUGCGCGCUCAAAACUCAAAGGCACAUGACAAGUUACUAGCCGCUAUAUUUUGGUUACUGGACGACGAUGCAAACGGCGCGAUUACCAUGGACGAUUAUACUCGCCGAUUCCCAAACAAACCAACCAAGGUGGUUUUAGAUAAAUUUUCAGCGUUCAUACGGCCGUGGGAUAUCGACGGUGACGGGAGGGUAACGCUGGAUGAAAUCCGUAAACUAUACGCUCAAUAUAGCCAGGGUACUUUAUUGUUAAGAGGGCUGGCACGGUACAGUGUUGUAAACUAUUUAGACAAAAAUGGCGACACCAAUAUUAACCUCUCUGAAUUAAGCGAUGUUCUGCGCCAACUUGGACACUUUAUCAAUAGGCUCACUAACACAAUGGACCAAGAUGGUGAUGGUGUUAUUACUUUUACUGAAUCAAUGGCAGCCUUUAUGAGUGCAUUUGUUGGCCGCGAUCUUGAUCCAGGUGAAACAAUGUCGAUCAUGUUUGACCAAUUCGAUAUAGACGAUGAUGGUCGGGUCAGUUUGCAGAAGAUUAAUCUAUCAUUACAAAUGAUCAGUCAAUAUGUUCCCGCAUAUUACAUUAAUUUAAUUGAGACAGCUAUUAAGGGAGCCGAUACAGACGGGGAUGAAUAUUUGAACCUUGAUGAAUUUAUAAGUACUAUGUCAUUAUUGAAUAAUCUGCUUUUGGGUAUUUCAAAUACCUAUCUCAAUGAUGGUGGUUUUCGUACGGAACUUGUGCAAAUAUACCCAAUUUAA